AUGGCAAUAUUUAAUGGAAAGAUAUUGGACAUAUCUGUGGAGAAUGUUGUAGUAAAGGAGAUACAUAGAACAUCAUUUCUUGAUUUUGUGAAAACACUGAUGAAGUCUAAAAAACUUGUUGGAAGAUUGUUAGUAAUAUGUCUUAAUUGGUUUGCAAUCGCAAUGACAUAUUAUGGUAUAUCUAUGAAUGUGGCAAAGUUCAGUGGAGAUGUUUUUGUUAAUUUUGCUGCUUCAUCGUCAGCUGAAUUUUCUGCAGUAAUUUUCUGUUGGAUUGUAACGGACAGAGUUGGUCGUAAAGGACUCUUCUGUAGUGCUAUGAUUUUGGGAGGUGUGACGUGUAUAUGUACUAUAUUUACAUCUCUGUAUGCCGACAAAUCUUUACUAUGGUUAACUACGACGCUUGCAAUGGUUGGAAAGUUCUUUUGUACCAUUACAUUUUUUGUUAUUUAUAUAUUCACUGCUGAGUUAUUCCCAACUGUUCUGCGGGCGUCUGUUCUUGGAGUUGCAAGCAUGACUGGUCGUAUUGGGUCAAUAUCAUCGGCAUAUGUAGGUGAACUGGGUGACAUAAUACAGACUAAAUUUGGAGUAGCACUUCCAUUGAUCGUAUUAGGAAGUUUUGGAUUGAUGGCUGGGUUGUUAUCUCUUACCUUACCAGACACUACAAACACAUGUCUUCCAGAGUCUGUCGAUGAUGCAAAAGAAAUACAAAUCAGCAAGAAGAACGAAAACGGAACUGCUGUUAACGAAUGCGAACUAGAGACAUUGACAGAGAAAAUAUAGAAGUUACUAUAUAUGGGCCAUUCAUUCAUGACCAAAUGUGAUUAGUUUUCCUCUUUAAAUAUAUAUAUCACUGAUACAUUGAAUUAAUCAUUUUAACAUUAAAUUGAAGCAACCUAUAUAAGGGUAAAUUCGUAAAAUAAUAGGCUAACCUGUGCUUUCAAAUAAAUAAAAACAUGAUAUCAAAAU